AUGGGCUUUCCACUACCACCGGAGUUGAUUUCCAUGGUGUUGGAGUUCAUUAUUGCCCAGGAGAUCGCCGACAUGACCCCUGACGGGGCCCCAUAUCCCACUCAGAAACCCAAUUUGGUCCCAUAUGCCACUAUCAACCGCGCCUGGCAGGCAGCUAUCGAGAGGGAAACCUUUUCAAGCAUCAAAAUCGACAGCAACAAGCGACUAGCAGAGUUCAAACAAUUUCCAUGGGACCAGUCAUGGAGCCAAAGAAGAAGUUAUAUAAGGACAAUUCACUUCAUCGUGGAGCUGGAGUCGUAUGAUUUUGAGGCUCGCAGAAAGUUCGAAAAUGAAGAAGAGAUUCAGCGAAACAGCAAAAUCUUUACCACUUCGAUUCAGUCACUAUUCAAUGUUCUAUCCGAAUGGCCGGAGCCGCCGGACACCGAAAUGGGCAUAAGUCUUUCGAUUAAGGCGUAUUCCCCCCGCAAUCUUAGCGCCCAGGAACGCGAGGUAAGACAGCUGCGCCGGCUGUCACCGUGGGCAGAAACACUCCUAACUCAUGACGUCUGGGACAUGCGACAUCAAAGAUCGUAUCUCCAAUUCAACGAGGAAGCCGUCAAUGUUCAAUGCCGAGCUGUACCUGUCAUCAUCGAUCUCGAAAUAUUGGCGGCGAAGGGUCUUAGGAAAGUUGAGCCAGCCUCCAGUUGUUUCAUCGCAGCGAAGUUGCCUCGAUUACACGAUCUGUGCCUCAUCUUGGAUGAUAAUUGCAAAUGGGAUCCCCAAUUAAGAGAACGUCGACGGAAUGAAUUUGCGGACUCUAUUCAGUUUUUGCCUCUUUCUAUACGCCAGUUGACCCUUGGGUUCACCCAUUCAACCCCACAAGAUGAAACAUAUCCUCCAGCGGUUUUAACGGCAGAGGGAACCCCGGAUCCUCUAAGCACGCGUUUACGAGAAUUUUCCCAACAAUUGGCAGGGAUGUCGCUGAGUGAUUGUGUCUUGGGAAAAGAACUUUUCUGGCCGUUGAAUGAUGACAAUCCCGAACCUCCCUUUUGGCCACAUCUACGGUCUGUGGAAUUGGAUUCCGUACCCGUCACGCCAUGUGGGAAAUGGAUGUUUGAACAGUUCAACGGCCUCUGGGAGUCCGAUUCUGAUUCAUCUCAUAUAUCUCAUCUUGACGUCGACGCCGAGGCCCGUCGCCAGGCUGAUGAAUAUCAUUUUGACACCUACCAUGACAUGUCGGGUCCAUGGGACUUGGUUCCUGAAGAGGACCGCGAUCGCAGACUAUUCCGAACCGAAUUCGUGGACGAGUUGUUCAAUCAAUAUUAUAUAUCGGCUGGCAAGGCCGCCCUUCACAUGCCUAAACUAGAAUCCAUGGAAUUGGGCUUUUCGCACCGCCAGCGUGUGAACUAUCAACACCUGUUUCAGUAUACUCGACAGAAUCUCGACGGGAAGGAAAUGGCGACAGCGACCUGGGGCAAUGAGGAGGGCUUCGAGAAGUUUGGACCAAGCGAGGAGGUCGAGGAUACUUGGUGUGAAGUUGCUUUGGAGCACACUGGUGAAUACCCAAUGACUGAUGUCACAGAUAUUUUUAGUUUGGAGCAGACAGGACGCCUGCUCAGGUUCUACGAGUAG